AUGGGCAAGGCGAAGGGGAAGCAGCGCCAGGACAAGUUCUACCACCUCGCCAAGGAACAAGGGUACCGGAGUCGCGCGGCCUUCAAGCUGCUCCAGCUCGACGCGCGGUUCCGCUUCCUCCCAACGGCGCGCUCGGUGCUCGACCUCUGCGCCGCGCCGGGAGGGUGGGUCCAGGUGGCCGUCAACCAUGCCCCCGUGGGAGCCUUCGUCGUCGGGGUCGACCUCGUCCCCAUCCGCCCCAUCCGCGGUGCCCACUCGCUCACCGAGGACAUCACCACCACCAAGUGCCGCGCCGCGGUGCGGAGGCUCAUGGACUCCAACGGCGUCUCCGCCUUCGACGUCGUGCUCCACGACGGGUCGCCCAACGUCGGUGGUGCCUGGGCACAGGAGGCCACAUCGCAGUCGGCGCUCGUCAUCGACGCACUGCGCCUUGCUACCAUGUUCCUCGCUCCCAAGGGCGCCUUCAUCACGAAGGUUUUUAGGUCUCAAGAUUACAACGCUAUUAUGUACUGUCUUAAACAGUUGUUUGAGAAGGUUGAGGCGACUAAACCUUCGGCAAGUCGGUCUACAUCUGCUGAAAUUUAUAUCAUCUGCCUGAAAUACAAGGCUCCCGCAAAGAUUCAGCCAGAACUUCUUGAUAUAAAGCACUUGUUCAGUGUGGUUCCAGAACAGACCAAAUCUAGGGAUGUCAUGGAUGGUAGGAAAAAGAGACACCGUGAUGGGUAUGAAGAAGGGAAUACGACAUUGCGGAAAGUCGGUUUGGCAUCAGACUUUAUAUGGUCUGACGCCCAGGCACCACUGGAGUUUUUGGGCUCUUACAAUGCAAUUUCAUUUGAUAAUCCAGAAUCCCUGCCCAUAAAGAAUCAUGAGCUUACAACAGAUGAUAUAAAAAAUUUCUGUGAGGACUUACUUCUGUUGGAUAAGAAUAGUUUCAAGCAUAUCUUGAAAUGGCGAAUUCGCUUACGAAAAGCACUGUCAGCGUCUUCACAAGUCACCCCAAAGGUCAGUGAUGCUGUGGAGAACACAAAGGUCACGGAUGAUGAUGUACUUCUACAGGAAAUGGAAGAAUUGACCAGUGUCAUUGAUAGAAAGAAAAAAAGAGAGAAAAAGCGUUUGUCAAAGCGUCGGGCAAAGGAUAAAGCACGCAAGGCCACAGGAAUGCAGAUUGAUGCUACAGGAGAUGAUUAUGGAGAUCCUGACUUGUUUUCUAUUAGUGUUAUCAAGGGUGGAAAAGAACUUGAAGCUGUUGAAUCAGCAGCGCUUGAUGUGGAAGAUGAAAUUGGAGACAGUGAGAAUGAGGAUACUCAAGCUCGUGAAGACUCUGAUGAGGAAAUGGAUUCUGAUGAGGAACAGCAGAGGUAUGAUGCCCAGCUUGAGGAGAUGCUUGAUGAAGCUUAUGAGCGCUUUGUAACUAAAAAGGGUGGUGAAAUAAAACAAGAACGCAAGCGUGCGAAACGAAUCAAUCCUGAUGCUGAUGCAGACCUCUUAGAGGGAGGUGAAGAUGAUGGUGAUGUUGAAAUGGAUCAAGAUUUUGACGAAGAUCAAGAUCAGGAGACCAAUCCCCUUCUGUUAUCUCUAGAUGAACAGAGGCCAACUAAAGAGCAGAUUGUAAAGCAAUGGUAUAGUCAGGAUGUGUUCACAGAAGCUGCAACCGGCGUUACUGAGCAGAGUGACACUGAAGAUGAAAGGGAGAGUUUGCAGAGGAAUAAGAAGAUGGAUAGUGGCAAAAAGGAAAAGGUGGCUAAAGCACAGUGUUUGCAACAAGAAGAUUUUGAGAUUGUACCAGCAGAACCUGUCCGAAAUGAAGAUGAUUCAUCUUCAUCUUCUGAUGAAUCGGAGGAUGAUCUCGAUGAUUACAGAAAGGCUGAAGUACUAGCCUAUGCUAAGAAGAUGCUGAGGAAGAAACAGAGAGAACAGAUACUUGAUGAUGCUUACAACAAGCACAUGUUUGAUGACGAAGGGUUACCCAACUGGUUUGUUGAGGAUGAAAAGAGGCAUAGGCAGCCCAUGAAGCCUGUUACGCGUGAGGAAGUAGCUGCGAUGAGGGCUCAGUUUAAGGAGAUUGAUGCCCGCCCAUCCAAGAAGGUUGCAGAGGCCAAGGCUCGGAAGAAGCGUGUUGUCAUGAAGAAUCUUGACAAGGCACGCCAAAAGGCAGAUGCUAUAGCGGACCAGAAUGACAUAAACGAGCGAUCAAAGAGGAAGAUGAUUGACCAGAUUUACAGGAAGGCGAUGCCAAAGAAGCCUCAGAAGGAGUAUGUUGUUGCAAAGAAGGGGGUUCAGGUGAGGGCUGGCAAAGGGAAGGUGUUGGUGGAUCCACGGAUGAAGAAGGACAAGCGGGCUGGCGGAACUGGGAAGAAAGGGAAGAAGGGCGGCAAAGGCGCAAAGGGGAAGGGUGGCCCGAAAGGCAUGAGAGGGAAAGCUGGGAAGAAGGCUGGGAAAGCCCCGCGGUAA